UACGAACUGUUCUAUAUGGGGCGUUUGGAUAUCUUAAGAUAUUUUCUUAUUAGGCGGUGGCUUAGGUAUUUGAGAUAUAACUACGAAAAAACCACGGAAUAUUGAUAUACACAAGACCAACCCCAAGAGAUUUAACAAACUUAAUACGAAGUAAAUGCGUAACUAUGGAGAUCAUUCCUAUCCCAGUAGAACUUAGAUAAAUACCAACACUUAUUGACAUCAUAUGACGUUAAUCAUGGCAUUAUCAUGACGCUGUCUCUGCUACACACUAUAAACAAGACAACCCGCCAAACAGUAGGCAGAACUAUCAAUCCAAGACACUUACACCUACCUACUAGACAAUAAACAAAAAAAUAAACUGUAUGAAUAUUUUUUAAAGUGUUUUGUAAAAGAAAUUCUAUAAAUUCCUAAUUCAGGAGUCGAGUCGAGUCGAUAACGAGUAACGAAAAUAACGAAAACUAAAGUCGGCGACCGUGAAAUUUCCUAAAAUGGCAACUCCACUACGCUCCCUUACAGCCGCCGGUCUAGGCCGUAUCCGCGCAGGCCAACCCCCUGGCACAUACCUAUCCCGGCCUGCUGCGCCCCCUCUCACUAAGACCUCAUCCCGAUCCUUCGCCGCAACAGCCGCCGCAGCAACCGCAUCGCCACGAUCGCAAAAAGCACAGCCCAAGAUCCUCCUCGAGGACCGGGACUCCGGCUUCGGCUUCGUGCGGCACAACCCGGCGCCGCCGAAGCCGCGCACCCGCUCGGUGACCGAGAUCCGCGGGCCGUACUACACGGCCAUGGGCCAGCGGUACCUGUCGGACGUGCUGGAGACGAUGGGCACGCACGUCGACGGGCUCAAGUUCGCCGGCGGCUCCUUCAGCCUGUUCGCGGAGAAGCCCCUGCGGCAGCUGAUCGAGCUCGCGCACGAGCACGGCGUGUACGUCAGCACGGGCGGGUGGAUCGAGCACGUGCUCGCGUCCUCGGGCGGCGACGUGCCGGGCGCCGUCGACAAGUACCUCGCGAAGUGCAAGGACGUCGGGUUCGACGUCGUCGAGCUGAGCGCCGGGUUCCUGUCGCUGCCGCCGGACGACUGGGUGCGGCUCGCGGAGCGCGUGCGGAGCGCGGGGCUGGAGCCCAAGCCCGAGCUCGGGAUCCAGUUCGGCGCGGGGGGGGACACGUCCGCGGCGGAUCUGCAGAGCAUCGGCACGAGCGACCCGAGCAAGGUGAUUAACAUGGCGAAGCGGUUCGUGAAGGACGUCGGCGUCGAGCGCCUUAUGAUUGAGAGCGAGGGGAUCACGGAGAAUGUGCAGAGUUGGCGCACGGACGUUAUUCAGGCCAUCUUGCGAGAAUUGCCCCUCGAGAACGUCAUGUUUGAGGCUGCUGAUCCGUCGGUUUUCAACUGGUACAUUCGAGAGUUUGGUGUCGACGUCAACCUCUUCGUCGACCACUCCCAGAUCGUCCAGCUGGCUGGAUUGAGAGCGGGAAUCUGGGGUAAGAGUGAUACCUUUGGCAAGGUUACUACUUAUCGUCCCUAGACGAUAAGGGGUCUGGAUCUUUUUGAACAAGACUGUUUACAAAAGACUCGCUUAUGAUCGGUUCAUGCGGGUUUGCACUCAAGUGAGCGCAGCCGUUUACCUUCAUUUCACGUUCAUAACGUGUAUGCUACCUGACAUGUACAUAUUACGGCACUCCGGUGUCAUUGGGGGCUGGAGUAGUAAAUAGAUUCUACAUGUUGUGGAACAUAUCGCUCGGGAUAUUAUGACA